AUGCAGAAAUUUAUCUUCUUUUUUGCCGUAGGAGCCUGGGCUGUUACUCAAGGAACUGCAGAAGAAGAGUAUGUGGAAAUUUGGCCUCCAAAUCCUGUGGUGGAAUUUGGAGGCUCUCUUGACUUGAAUUGCACAAGCACUUGUGAAAAUAUUGGCAUUGAGUCUCCCUAUACAAAGGCUCCCAUUGAAAAUGGAUCCAAUUGGAAAAGCUUUCGUCUCACCAAUGUGAACUAUUGGGCAGCCAGCCCUUUGUGCUAUGCUGACUGUAAGACUGGACAGAAGAAAUCUCCAAAGACAAACAUCCUUAUUUAUAAACCUCCAGACCAUAUCAAAUUGGAUACAGUUCCAAGGAUGGAGGUGGGCAAGCUGUAUAAUUUGACAUGCCGGGUUUCUGGUGUAGCCCCCAUCCGGAACCUCACUGUGACCUUGUUGAAAGGGGAAGAGGAACUUCUGGUAAAGACCUUUGAGGAUCAUUCUGACCCUAAAGCUGAUGAUGUUGUGGUGAACCAUAACAUAACAGCUCAGCAAAAUGACCACCACAAGACAGUCACCUGCCAAACAUCUCUAGAUCUGAAUCCAAGUGGACCACUCGUGAAAAACACCUCCCACAACAUAACAUUAGAAAGUUUUGAUUUUGCAAAGGCUCCCCUGCUCCAUGCUGGCCUGUUCUUAGAAGCUGGGACCGUGAUGGAAGUGACGUGUGAUGCACCUAAGAUUUCCCCAGCCAAUGAGGCCAUAUUUGAUCUGUGGUUUGCAGGGAAGUCCCUGAAGUUCAACACCACUGUGAUGGGGGGCUUGGCAAGUGCCCAGGCUGUGAUAGUCUCUUCCUCAGUUGGAGAACAAGAGUUGAUCUGCAAGGUCUCUCUGGGGCCAGUGACCAAAAACGUGACGAAGAUGAUGAAUGUGUUUGCUUUACCAAAACUCAUCUUGCAGAUUGGCCAUUCAGUAGCUGUCGUCAAUCAAACAGUGAAUAUUACAUGUAGAGCUGAUGGCAGUGCUUCCCCUGGUUUUAAAAUGCAGAUCAUGGAUGCUGCCAAAAUCUUAGCAUCCGGCAACAAUGAAGAACAUUUCCUGCAGCAUGCAGUGAUUGCUCAGCAAGAGGAUAAUGGGAGGGAAUUCAUCUGCCAAGUCAUCCUGAUCGUUGAAGGGCACACCAAGGAAAGAAACAUAUCUCAAAAUCUCACCGUCUUCUAUGGUCCCCAAAUAAAUGAUUCCAAUUGUCCCCAUGCAUUGACCUGGAAGGAGGGAAGUACGACAUCAUUUGCCUGUUCAGCCCUGGGAAACCCCACACCAACUGUUCAGUGCUGGAAAGAUGGGAGACCUUAUAACAUUGGGGAACCACAGCUGGUCCAGAGAGAGCACAGUGGCAUUUAUCACUGCAAUGCUACCAACCAGUAUGGCUUUGAUGUUAGAGAUGUGACCAUACGCGUUGAAUCUUACCAGCCCAAUAUCUUUGCAAUCAUCAUGGGAAUACUUGCAUUAGCUGUGUUUUUUAUUUUCUUGGGAGGAAUGGCUUUUUACAACAAUAGGAAGAAAUUUAGGAUAUACCAUCUCUGGAAACGGCAGCAGCCACAAGCAGCAAGAACCUCAGAGUUGCUACCCUGCCUGAAUUGA